UCACGUGAUCCCGGCAAGAUGGCGGCGCCCAGAGCGUACCUGCGGCUGGUGUCUCCAGUCUGGAAUGCCGGUUUCGGGGGUGCCCGUGGCCUGAGUGGGAUGGUGGCCCCUGAAGGCACUCAGAAGAAGAAGAGGACACUGGGCCAGUACCUGGCUGAUCACUUCUCCGAUGUCCAGGCUCUGAGGGAGUACUUGACUCAGAGGCAGAUGUCGAAAGUUCACCAGAAAAAUUGGAUUCCCACCAACGUCAAGAAUCAAUAUGGCCCUUACGUCGCGGGUGCCUUCUUCAUCCUGAAGCUAGGAGGCUCCGUCAAGUUUCAGGGCCAGGAGUGGAUUGGGCCCAAUGGGUACAGCCAGUUCCGUCAGGGCUUCCUGAAGUUCCAGACAGUGCCCAUUGAAGCCGUGGAUGCCAGUGGCUGUGCCCUCAACUACAAUGGCCUGGACAACCUGUUGCCCCUGAAGGAGCUCCAGACCCUCUCGCUGCAGCGCUGCCCCCACGUGGACGACUGGUGUCUGAGCCACCUCUACCCUCUGGCCCACUCCCUGCGGGAGCUUUCGCUGGCCGGGUGCCCUCGAGUCUCCGAGCGGGGCCUUGCCUGCCUUCAUCACUUCCAGAACCUCCGCAGGCUGGACAUCUCGAGCCUCCCAGCUGUGUCCAACCCCAGCCUCACACAGAUCCUGGUGGAGGAGAUGCUGCCCAGCUGUGAGGUGCUGGGGGUCGACUGGACCCAUGGCAUGAAGCUGGCACCAGAGGAGCCGCCUCAGGACACAGCCCGCCCCGUCCCUGCCUAGCCUGCCCCUUCCCUUGCCAACGACCUGGGUGGGUGGGUGGGGCGCCCUGUGCGGUGUCUGAGCUGGGUUUGUUCCGUGCAGGGGUGGGAGCCUGGGUGUGGCCAGGCCUGGUCCUCUCAGUCAAAGGGCAACUGAUAGUGUGUGGUCACAGAGCUAUU